AUGGGACAGACCAACAGCAACCGGUCUAACACUAACAGCAGCCUUCAGGCCAACAACGUCGACACUUACAGCUACAACACCGGGGGAUCGACGACCACAGGCCAGGGGUUACCAGCGGGGUCCGGGCCGCAAGUUCAGGACGAUGGUGUCUCCUGGUGGUGUAAAAUGUUGGCUAGAACUUCGUGUGUGGUGGCAGGCCUGAUUGCCAUGAUCACUGGGCUGUUUAGAAUAAUCACAUUUACCCCCCUGUGCCUGGUGGCUGGCAUUCUUCUCAUGCUGUUGGGGUUCUUUGAGGUGCUGCUAGAGGCCCCAUGUUGCUGCCAGUUUCUGGACUUCAUCCAGCCCAUCAGUCAGUUUAGUGAGAGGAGGUCCUAUUGGCAGAAGGCAUUAGCUUACGCACUGCCUCCAUUGAUCCCGCCCUUGCUGUGCUUCUCGGUGACCACCAUGUGUGGCAGUGCCCUGCUGAUGGCUUCUGGAGUCAUAUAUGGCCUGAUUGCUCUCGGCAGAAAAGCUGACAGACAAACAAUGAUCACCCGGGCCCGCGGCCGAGAUGUAGAAAUGAACUCAACAUUGGUGACCAAUGAAAUCAGCCCGAACCCGUUCUCAUCCACCCAGUGA